AUGAACCAGUUGCAACGGGCGGUGGUCCGGCUGGAUCUGAAGCGGAGCCUUGCCGGGCACCUGAGCCUCUUCCGCCGCCUCUUCCGCUUCCUCUGGACGCGAGCCCUCAUCUGCUCCGCUGGGGGGUCGAAACGGUACCGGGCACUCAAGCGAUGCCCGUCGUCCCCCGGCGAGAGUAUGGAAUUACCCAUCGUCGUUUCAAGACGUUCCGACGACUUCGACGGGGACUCGGAUUUGGUGGCCCUUAAGAUCAGCCUGUUGGGUGAUUGCGAUAUCGGGAAAACAACCUUCAUGGUGAGAACCUGCAGAACAAUUUGCUUUUCCUUCAAACUCGUGUUCCGUGCAGUUUAUUCCUCCUGUUUCUUGCUCUCAGUGUGUUUGCGACUUUCAUCCAUAUGUCCAGGUGUGCCUUUGUGGUGUGAGAUUGAGAAUACCCAUUUAUUUGUCAUCCAAACUAACCAGCCAUUCAACCUCUGGUUUUAUGCGUUCUUGGAAUUUUUUCCAUUUCUUUUAGAUUUCAUUUACCUGACUUAUCCAUUUCAAUUUUUUUCCAUUUUCCUCUACGGGUAGAUCAAAUAUGUGGGAGACGAGGAGCAGACGGGAUUGCACAUGUCAGGGUUGAAUCUGAUGGACAAGAUUUUUUCCGUUAAGGGAGCAAGGAUUGCCUUCAGAAUUUGGGAUAUCAAAGGUACGUGAAGUCUGUUACCUUGAAUGAGGGUUCUUCGAUUUUGGGUCCUGAUCUCUUCCUGUUUAAGCUCAAGUAGUGAUAAUUCUUGCAGGAGAUCAACAAUCCCUCGAUCAUAUGCCUAUUGCGUGCAAGGAUGCAGCAGCAAUCCUGAUCAUGUUCGAUCUGACUAGCCGUUGCACACUAAAUAGGUCUGUUAGAUGUCUAGCCUUUUGGAUCUAUGUCCCAUGUCUGACAAUUGGUUAAUGGUUGAUCUUUUAAAAAUGUGGCUAAAAGUAUCGUAAUCUUGAAUAUGUUCCUCAUUAAUUAGAGAAAGUUUCAUCAAACCUUUUGAUUUAUGAAAUGAAUCUGAUCCCCGAAUCUUGUUGAGAUUUUGAUGGAAAAUCCUAAUAACAAGAGCUUUCAUUCCGUGGGAUUUAAUUUUUUAAAUGCCACUAACAUUUAGCGUUUGUUGUGUGAUAAAUUACGUCGAUCGCUUUUUAAAAAUGGGUUUCCAUACAAAUCCAAUUGGUGGAGAUGGUGAGUUGAAUUUAUCAGAAAUUUAUGGAGCAGAGUCUAAUUCCAAAAGAUGUUGUUUUAUCGACUAAUGACUUAUGUUGGGUUGUUCAUAAUCACCUAAAUGAUGACGUUGACAACAAUUUCCCCAUCGCAUAUCAUAUUUCAAAUACAUUUCUGGAAACCAGUUUCAAUUAUUUUAAUUUCUGUUUCUAGUAUAUUUACUGAGUAAUGAAUUACGAGACAUCCGCGCUUUUGAGAAGUCUCAAUGAAGCGUCAGGAUGUUAAAUGUUUGAAUUAUUUAAAUGACCUGAUGCCGACAUUGUCUUUGUUUUUAUCUUCCAAAUUCUAUUCGUCUUCCUAGCGCUAAAUGAUAAAAUAGGUAAUCUGGCCACCAUGUCUGUCACCUGAUCUUAUUUUACUAGCCACGAUAGGAAACUAUUAUGUUUUUCGUAUUUUUGUUAUUUUCUUUGACAAUAAUGUUGAUGUAUAUAAAUAAAUUUGAUGAAGCCAUAUGAGGCAUAAGUAAAGAUCUGAAGAUUCAACUUUAUAGUUUUUCUGCCACUCAAUUUAAGAGUUUUUUGCGCAAUGUUGUUGAUGCUGGCAAUGAUUACAACUUAUCCGCGCUUCUGAGAUUUCUCUAUGAAGCAUAAGGAUAACUGGUUGAAUCUCUUGAUAUGAGCUUAUAUUAACAUUGGUUCGUUUUUGUGUUUUUUGUGCUUAAUCACAGAUGAAUUUGAAUAACUUCAAGGAAUUUAUUUAACCUCAAUUCAAUAUCUGCAAGUUCAGAUUUAUAAAUUUUCCUUUCGCCCAAAUGAAGAAUUUUUUUUCUUCUUGUUAUAACUCUUGUUUGCUUUCUGGGCAACGAUGUUGAUGCUUGCAAUGAUUACAACUUAUCCGCGCUUCUGAGAUUUUUCCAUGAAGUACAAGGAUAACAUUAAUGGUUGAAUCUCUUGAUAUGAGCUGAUAUUAACAUUGCCUUGUUUCUUGUGUUUUAUAAUUUUUUCUCGGUGACAUCUACCCAUAGAUUCUGAAAUCAAUUACUGAUUUUGAAAUCCGAGAUGAAUUUGCAUCCAAGUCCGGUUUUAUAAAUUUUUCUGACGAUCAAAUGAAAAAAAAUCAUUUUUCAUUGUUAAAUUCUUGUUUAUUUUCUGGCAACCAUGUUGAUGCUUGCGAUGAUUACAACUUAUCCGCGCUUCUGAGAUCUCUCAAUGAAGUACAAGGAUAAAAGUAAUGGUUGAAUCUCUUGAUAUGAGCUGAUAUUAACAUCGCCUUGAUUUUUGUGUUUUAUAAAUUUUUUCCGGCAACAUCUACCCACAGAUUCUGAAAUCAAUUACUGAUUUUGAGACCCGAGAUGAAUCUGAGUAAUUAUGAUGUAGAAAAUAGCUUCAUUGAAAUAAUAUGACCUUAAUUCAAAAUAUAUAAGUCCGGUUUUAUACUUUUUUCUGACUAUGAAAUGAAAACAAUUCAUUUGUCAUCGUGAAAUUCUUGUUUAUUUUCGGGGCAACAAUGUUGAUGCUGGCAAUGAUUACAGCUUAUCCGCGCUUCUGAGAUUUCUCCAUGAAGUACAAGGAUAUAGUAAUGGUUGAAUCUCUUGAUAUGAGCUGAUAUUAACGUUGUCUUUAUUUUUGUUUUGUCGGUUUGUUUUUCGACAUCCUCUACUCCCAAAUUCUGAAAUCACUUACUGAUUUUGAGAUCCGAUAUGGAUUUGAGUAAUUAUAAUGUAGGAAAUAACUCCAUUCAAAUAAUAUACCCUCAAUUCAGUGCCAUAAGUCCUGGUUAAUUUAUUUUUUUUCUCGCGAUAAAAUGACAAAAAAAUGUUUUGUCACUGUAAAAUUCUUGUUUAUAUUCUUGGCAAUAAUGUUGAUGCUGGCAAUGAUUAUAGCUUAUCCGCGCUUCUGAGAUCUCUCCAUGAAGCACAAGGAUAAAUAUUCAUUGUUGAAUCUCUUGAUAUGAGCUGAUAUAAACAUUGCCUGUUUUUUUUAUUGUAUAUGUUUGUACAUUAGAUGAUUCAUACUGGAUUUUUCAUCCUGUCUGCGGCCUGAUUUGGACCAUGUUUUAUAAAUAAUAACAUAUUAUGGAUUAUUUCUACGAAAAUGCGAAAAUUAUUCCUUCGGUGCUUUCAAUGAAUUCAUCUACAUGAGCUAAUGUUGAAAUUUCGUAGGAUUUCGUGGAUCAUAGUUAUUUUAAUUUUGCCCAUCAUGUUAUAAUAUAUUUUCCAUCUAAUUUCCUCUAUUUUAUUGGAGAAUAAAUGUUCACUUUAAUAGGAAAUAUCUAGCAAUUUCCUGUUCGCAGAAAAAAAACUAAUAAUCUUCUCCAAAAAUUUCGUGCAGUGCUAUUGGGUGGUACAAUCAAGCGAGGAAGCUGAACAAGGUAGAAAGAGUAAUUCCCCCUCUCUCUCUCUCUCUCUCUCUCUCUCUCUGACUAGCUGUUUCUUGCUUGCCUGCCUCUCUCUAGACGAGUCUUGUCAGAGCUUGGAACCGCGGAUUAUUACGAGAAAAAGGAAAGCCCUCUUAACCUUGUCUGUCAUCUAUGUUGCUUUUGGUCAUGCAGGCGGCCAUCCCCGUGCUGAUAGGUACCAAAUUCGACGACUUCGUUGGUCUCCCCGUGGACAUGCAGUUGACCAUCGUAAACGAGGCAAGUAUAUACUACAUACAAUAUCUAUACUAAAAAUUGGAAAAGGUUGCUGUUCUUGGUUCCUGAUUAUCUUUCAAAAAUGGAAAAAAAGAAGAUAUUUCCGACCUCAAAAUCGGGCUUGUAGAUAAGAAGAAUAUUAUCGCCAGCCUUAGAUCUUGCUGUCUCCUGGUUCCUGAUUAUUUACUUCCUCUUGCUGUGGGCAGGCGAGGGCUUGCGCGAGGGCCAUGAAGGCGGCGCUCUUCUUCUCGAGCGCCACCCACAACAUCAACGUCAACAAGAUCUUCAAGUUCGUGGCCUCCCGCCACUUCAACCUGCCGUGGGCUCUCCAGCGGAACCUCACCCUCGGAGAACCCAUCAUCGACUUCUAG